AUGGCCGAACGAGGCACCUUGUUCCGCUACAAUGGGCAACCCAAGGAGGAGAUUCCUACAGAGGCAACUCAGAUUGUUGUAGACUCGUCGGUGUGUGAAAUCCCUGACGAUACGUUUAAUGACCGUCGGUUCCUCAUCGAAAUCCUUUUUGAAGUGAAGCUAGUCAAAGGCCUGGUUUCCAUUGGUUCCGGAGCCUUUGCUGGAUGUUCUGCCUUGGCAGAGAUAUCCAUCCCUGCUACAGUCACCAACAUUGGUGACAAUGCCUUUGAAAACUGUACCGCCUUGCGAAACUUAAAACUUCAAAAUGGAUUGAAUGAAAUCUGCGAGGAAGCCUUUGCAAACUGUUCUUCCUUGCUCCAACUUUUUGUACCAGAAACGGUUGAAACGAUUGGUCAAUCUGCCUUUCAAGAUUGUCGAUCUCUGGUGCUUGUAGAGUUUUGUGAGGGACUCCUGGAAAUUGGACCCAUGGCCUUUGCUGACUGCGCCUCGAUUGAAAGUCUGAAGAUUCCGGGAACUGUAGAAAUCGUCGAAGACGCCUCCUUUACUUCCUGCGCGUCUGUGACACAGCUCGAACUGAUGGAAGGGGUCAAAAUUUUGGGCGUAGCCUGCUUUGCGAACUGCUUCAACCUGACAAUGGUAUCGUUUCCAGAGAGUAUAGAGACAAUUGGGGAAGAGGCAUUUUUAAGCUGCCAAUUGCUUUCAGAGGUUACUUUUAAUGAAGGGUUGACGGAAAUUGGAGGUGAAGCAUUUGGAUAUUGUGCAAUAACUUUCGUUUCUACUCCAUCGACUCUGACGAGGAUUGGUGUUAGCGCCUUUCGAUGCUGCAAGCACUUGGCGACGGUGCACUUGAAGGAUGCUAUCAACGAAAUAGAUAGCAACGCCUUCGAGUACUGCGAAAAACUAUCGGAAAUGUCGAUUCCUCCACUCAUUCAUGUAUUGAGAUCUGGCAUUUUCAAUGGCUGCCGUUCGAUUGUCCAAGUGCAAUUGAUGGAAGGUCUGAGGGAAAUACUUUAUGCUGCUUUUCAGUCUUGUCGUGCGCUUCGAGCAGUUUCGCUCCCAUCUAGCGUGGAAUUCAUAGGGAAAGGUGCCUUUCGGAAUUGUACAAGUCUGGUAUCAGUUGAAUUGCCAGAGCAAUUAGAAGAGAUUGAAUCACAAGCAUUCGGAAACUGCUUUUCCUUGACGAAUAUUGCUCUGGAUAAGAACUCCCAUUGUAUCGUGGACAAGGAUGCCUUCAUGGGAUGCACACUUUUAGAAGAAUUUUUUCCGCUUUUUAGUGGAUCGUCCAUGCUAAUGCGACGAUUUCAAGGAUUCUCGGUUCAUGGUUUGUGCCACCAAGCGACAAAAACAACUACUCAGCAGCUGAUGGGUGCGAAUCAAACCUGUCGAGGUGUCAUCCCCAUCAGGGAUGCUUUCGGGAUGACACCUUUUCACAUCCUUUCGUCGUCUGGAAGUCUUCGUCUCGAUUUAUUUAGGGCGUUAUUUGACAUCUUCCCGUCCCAUGUAGCAUGUCAGCGAAAUGAACAGAACAAAUCGCCGAUGGAUUAUUUGCGAACCAAUUCAUCGCACGAGGUGAUUUCUGUGAUGCAACUUGUUCUUCGUGAAUCUAUGCUGAAGCGAUUGGAUCAGUGGGGCUUGAGACAAUGGAAAUUGGAUCUAUGCAGUCUCGUGAACUCGAUUGGGACGGAAGGCGACAAAAACAGGAACUGUUGCAUCGACGAAAUUUACUCGAAAAUGGCUUCCUACGAGUUAUUGGAGUCUACUUCACUGCUGGAACAAAGACUAUGGUUGGACAGAAUACUGCAGAAAUCGACGAAUGAGAGUACCGGUGAAUCACUAUCCUCGGAAGCUAGAGAGGCUUGCCGCAUUGGUUCUGGAGCUAGCGUUGUAAUCCCGAAUAUUCUACAGUUCAUGGUAUCUGCAUCAUGA